UCACCACACUAAUAUGUGAGCGGUUUCUUACUAAACGGUAGCCAUAGCCGUGGCCUCCUCUCCCUCUCCACAUCUAAAAUGCCACUCACCACACUUGUCUCUCUCCUCCUCUUCCCCCUCUCUCUCCUCCUCCCCCUCGGACUAGCCUACGGCGGCUGGCAGACUGCCAAUGCAACAUUUUACGGAGGCGCCGAUGCCUCUGGCACCAUGGGAGGGGCAUGUGGGUACGGCAACUUGUACAGCCAGGGCUACGGUACGAGCACCGCAGCGCUAAGUACCACGCUGUUCAACAAUGGGUUGAGCUGCGGCGCGUGCUACCAAAUGCGGUGCAAUGACGACCCGAAAUGGUGCCACCCGGGCACCAUCACCGUCACCGCCACCAACUUCUGCCCGCCCAACUUCGCCCUCGCCAGCGACAACGGCGGGUGGUGCAACCCGCCCCGCCAGCACUUCGACCUCGCCGAGCCAGCCUUUCUUAGGAUCGCGCAGUAUCGGGCCGGGAUCGUCCCCGUGCUCUACAGAAGAGUUCCGUGUUUGAAGAAGGGAGGAAUGCGGUUCACAAUCAACGGCCACUCGUUUUUCAAUUUGGUGUUGGUGACAAAUGUAGGUGGGGCAGGUGACGUGCACGCAGUGUGGAUUAAGGGCGGCUCCCGCAGCGGAUGGCAGCCCAUGGCGAGAAAUUGGGGGCAAAAUUGGCAAAGCAACUCUAAUCUCGACGGUCAGCCUCUCUCCUUCCGCGUCACCGACAGUGACGGCCGCACCCUCAUUGCUAACGACGUUGUUCCGCGCGGCUGGCAAUUCGGUCAAACCUUUGAGGGCCCACAAUUCUGAAUUUGAAAAGGAAAAGAAGCGCCCUCUUUUAUUACUUAUAUGCUAUAUUAAUAUUUAAUACCUUUUUUUAUUUUUUUUUAUUGGGAAGUUCUUGAAUAAUAACAUAAAGAAAAGAAUAGCAUAACUGUAUAAUCCAUUACUACAAAUGUUACAUGCCAAUAUGUAAUCCAUAAAAAGUUUAUGUUGUAUAUAUCAUAAAUCGUUUUCCUUUCUCA